AUGGCGUGGCAAGGAUUAUUGCUUCUGGCGUUUGUCAGCUUGGAUUUGGCGGUAGCUGAUAUAAUCCGUACCGUGUACUGUCGUGGAGAAUGCGCGGAAUACCUCCAUAUUUCGGAAUCGGCCAUGCCCAGCUGUGGCGCCGAGCAUUUGACGAUGAAUUUCUGUGGAACUGUGAUCUCGUGCAACCCAGCGGAUGCUCAGAAAUAUUCGGGACGCCCGGCGAUGAAUACCACCACACAGUCUUGCUGUUAUAUUACGCAAAUUAAAGACCACGGUGAUUGUGAUCCACGGGAGACUGUUGACAACACUGAGCCUGUCGUUGUGAUGGACCGUCAACCCUUGGAUCGCGUCGUUUGCGAGUCAGAUGGUGGCUGGGUGGGAUGGGCAGUGUCAUCUGUACUCCUCGUAGUCGUCAUAAUCGAGACUGCCUAUCUUCUUCAUGCUCUCCUCCAUCGUCCUCUACAUUCCAAGAUCUCUUCUCAUACCCAUAAUCAUCCCUAUAUCUCUUCUCCCUCUUCUUCUAUCCCAUUCCCUCAUCGGCCUCUAAUCCACAAGAAUCGGCCGCUGUUGGCGGAGCCU